GCACCCAGCGCAAGCAGCGUCGUCGGCCAGAAAAGGAAAGAGCGGAGGAGGAAAGUAUGCAACCCGGCUGGCAUAGAUGGCGCAGUUGUGCCGAGCUGCACCCACGGCGCCUCUCCUUCUCCUUUUACUUUGUUUUGGUUUCACUUCGCGGAUGCAGAUUUGGAAGAGCAAAGGAUGAAUGAUACUUACAUUCCAUGGCGAUUGGCAACUUAGUUUUGUGACCACCCUGAUGUUGACCUGAAAGGUCUCUUCAAAAAUGGACGAAAAUUUGUUUCAUGCCUCUUACGAUGUGGAUUAUGAACCGAGCACUUUCGGUGAUCACAGAAGUGCAUCUCCAGUUCAACCUUCGUUCCCGGAACGAUCCCCGUCACCUGCAAUCGACGAAGUAAACGAGCCUGAAGAAAACUCCUCCAAGUCCCGGGAGUCUCCUGUGAACCUCAGCCGACCCUCACCUGCGAGCACUGAAGAAGAAAAAAAGGCGGAGGAGGAAUCUCAUUCCCAUUCAGGAAACCAGUCUGCCUUUGCCAGAGGAACCAACACUUACAUCGGAUGGGUUUCUGCGAAAGGCCACACAACUCCUUUUCCACACAACAAACGCAAAGGCAGCAGCAGUAGUUCUUCGGACGAUGACGAACAACGAAUGGCUCGACCAGCUUAUGCAGCAACUCAAGUUACCAAAACUGUGCUUUUCGGCCGCGUCUGCCUUAUAAUUGCUGGAGUCUUCUUUGUGUGGGUCUGCUAUAACAUUACGAUGUACGUCAUUAAUCUUCAUUGAGAUGAGAAUUGAUGCUUUUACUGUCAUCGGGAACCAACAAGGAAGUUUUUAUUUUUAAGACAUUUAAUUUUUGUUAGUAUUAAUGCUCAAAAAUUUAAUACCUCAUUUCAAUAUACUUAAUAUACAAUGAUAUUAUACAAUACUAACAAGACUGACUUAUAAAAUUGAAAUUAGUCGCAAAUUAUAUAUCAGAAAAAGCGACGGGAAGCCAAGUGAAAUAAAAUUUUAUUACCAUCUAUUAUUAAUUAAAAUAAAGCACGGUCAUGAAUUAUUUUUUUAACAAAAAAAAUCAGAAAAGAAAUAAGCAAUUUUUUUAUAUUAUUUUACUUUCAAAUCAAGUCACGGGUUAAGAAGUAACUUAAGGGUUUGCUAAUUCUGACGCCAUUAAAAAAUCAAUUAUAUUUACAGAAAAACACUAAAUUACAAAGUUGUUUUAAAUUAGGGCUAAUGCUGUUUUUAAACAAACCUCCCACCGCCCUCUGUUGAUGGUAAUUAAACAAAUUAAAUAUAACGCGGAGACUUAAAUUUUAACCAAAACUAAUUUAGUUUUUUUAGAAUCAUUCAUGCUCGACAUAUUCUUAAAAAGUUUGUAUUUUUGUAAAUAUAAGUUAAAUUGUACCAAAUUAAACUUUAAAUUCAAUUCACUUUGCAUGGAGUGUUAUUAUUUUUGCUAUUUUUUCUAGAUCAUCUUUCACAUUAAAUUUAAUUAAGUUAUUUUUAUACAUAGACAUGUUUCAUUGUAAAAGCGGUAAUAUUUGAAAAUGAAAUUAGAAAAUGACAGAAAUAAUUUUUUACAUUCUGCCACUACUCUUUUAUAUUUUUAUAUUUCCCGCCGAAAUUAUUAGUGUUAGACGGUCUGCGCUUUUUAUAAUAGUGGCGGCAUCCACACCCCACCCAGCGCCCCGCAUCAAGCAAAUAAAUUUUGACGUUUCUUUUUUACUUUGAAGACAAAACGGCGUUAUAAUAAGCACUUAGCCUUGUCCACGAGGGGCAGUAGGGGCACGAGGUUUAAUCUCUCAAAGAAUAUGGACCAGCCAACAGCACCCUAUGAAGCUGAGGAUGGAAUAAUAACGCUGGCCCCUCCGCCGUACAACGAGGCUAUAGGUAGCAGCUGCCAGCCUGGCGUCAUCGGAUGGAAUGUUCCGUCAACCUCGGACAUUGGAGGAUUUGGAGGAAGCUCCCCCCAGCCCCACGCCUAUUCUGCGGUGACGAUCAGCCGACCAUCGACAAACCAUAACAACAAAGACGAUGGAUUUUCUGGAUUUUUGUCACAAAAUCAGCCAGGCACCGCCUCGACAAGUUUGCCUUCGGUGCCUAAACGCCACCACCUAAGAAGAAGCAGUACUUCUUCCUCGGAUGACCAUGUACAAAGGGGUAAUCGAACGACGCAAGCAUCACCUGAAGUGUCCCAGUGCGGUGGCAUAUGUCGCUUCUUCCUCAUAGUUGGUGCCAUUAUACUUGCUUGGUGGUGCUAUGCACUUUUGAUGCUCCAUCUCGUUCCUUAACGAGGAAGUGAAUAGAACUUUUUCCAAUUUUUACAAGUAUAUUAUAUUAAUUACUGCCUCCACUAUACAUGAUGUAACAGAGACUGAACACAGAACUGACAUAAAAAUUAUUCAAAUAUACUGCCAAUAAGAGUAAAAUAAAGCAAACGCUGCGUAUAAACAAUUUUUAUAAAAAUUCACAAGAAAAUUAAAAACAUAUUGACUGAAU